GAGGACACUAGGGGAGUAAUGAGUAGGUGACUGUCAGUUACAUCGGAGUUCCGUGUGAUCUACGAACGCUACAACGUACAAUUAUCAUGUCACGCUCCAUGCUGUUGCUAAUCCUACUGGGUAUAUUAUUGCUCAAUUGCCAAGAAAUACUUGGUAGAAGAGGACGAGGAAGGAGCAGGAGCAAGUCUCGUGUGCAAAUCGGAUUGCCUAUUACUGGAAAGUAUCGCGAUCCGGAAAGCGAUCAAUAUUACAACAAUAAUAACGGAGCCAAGAUACUUCUGGCGUCGCAUUUCGAUCUAGAAUACGUCCUGGGACACAAAAUAGCUUUCCUCUGCGUUGCUCGUGGCAAUCCACGUCCGCAUGUUACGUGGUUCAAGGAUGGCGCCGAGAUUUACACGCAUCACUAUCUACAUAUACACGAGUGGCAAGUCGGUCCUGACAAAGUGAAAUCGAAACUCGAGAUCGAUCCCGCUACUCAAAUGGACGCGGGGGUCUACGAGUGCACGGCGGAUAAUAUGUACAGCAUCGAUCGAAGGUCUUUCAAGACUGACUUCUCCAUCGCUUUCGAUUAGUGCAAGUGUAUGGGAGAUCGCAACAAACACGUACAAUUAGAUAAGAAAACAUAUAAAGCCCAGGUAACACGUAAAUUUUUUACGAUAAACCCUAAAAAAAAAAAAAACGAUUUAGAACGACAUUGUACGACUUGCACAAGGAGAUUAAAAUUGUCUUAAUCUGGAAUGCGAAAAAUUGUUCUCUCUUAUUGAAACGCAGCAUUGAAAUCGGCGUCUAUCUAGAAUAAUAAUAGUCGACGCUUCCUUUUCUUCAUGCAUACAUAUUGUAGUUCAAGCGAAAAAUAUAGAGGAUUGAUAUUUGUA